AUGGAUUUUAUGGAUAAAGUAUUUCCUAAUUCUUCUGUCAAUUACACUGAUGUGAACUGGAUACGUGAAAGAGCUACACUGGCUCCAGCAAAUGAAGCAGUUGAUAAACUCAAUGAUGAACUUCUUCAAAAGUUAAAAGGUACAUCAGAAAUUACUUUUCGAUCAAAUGACACAACAGUCGAUCAAAAUCAGGCUGUUCAAUACCCAACUGAAUUUCUGAACACAGUCAGACCCAUUGGGAUGCCACCGAAUAACUUGACAGUAAAACUGGGUGCUCCCCUUAUGCUGCUUAGGAAUCUUGACCCACCUCGCCUGUGUAAUAGAACUCGGUUAAUUGUUAUUUCCAUGAAGCCCCAUAUCCUAGACGCAACAAUCAUAACAGUCAACAAAUCUCAGAGUCACACCCUCAAGGUUGUUGGGCUUCAUCUCUUUACUACAUGUUUCUCUCACAGCCAACUUUAUAUUGCUUGCUCACGAGUUGGAAGCAGCAACAAUGUAUUCCUGUUGACACCAACAUAA